AUAUAAAUACAUAUACCAAAUGGAGAAAAUCUGCGUUGAGUUUUUGUUAAAAUUGAAUUUAAAUGCAGGCCAGUAUAAAAUGUCAUUUACAGAUGAUGAUCUUCCUAGUGCACGAGUGAUAACUGAUCAUGGAGCAUUAUGAGGAUCUCCAUCUGAGUCUGAUCCGAAUGAUCCCUGAUUCCUUCUACUAAAUGACCUGUAAAGUGAGUUCGGUUCUUAUUUGGGCUGUGAACUUGCCAGGAAAACUGCAUUUCCCAUUUUCCAGACUGUUCUUUAGCCAUUUUGAUGUUUUCAUUAUCUGGCGAAACUCGACAUUAACUUAAUUUCGUUUAUUUGGAUCAUUUGGAUAGGUUUUUUUUUCGCUUGGGGUAUUUCAUCACAUGACGAAACUCUUGAAAAAAUUCCCCACUGCCAAAGCUUUUUCCAUCGUUUUUCCGGCUUUGCUUUGUUUUGGUAAUCGAAGAACGACGCAAAACUACGUUCUUGAUAGUAAAUUGUGAAAAUCAACUUGCAAUUUGGCGUUGCUGAGAGGGCGCCAUGCUACAGAUGAGCCUACCUAACGUGGACCUAGAUCCACUUCACUUGUAGUUUCAUUGCAUGAACCUUACCAAUAUGUUGCCAUUGAUAACAUUUCGCAGGUAUUCAAUUAUUUUUGUGGUAUAUUUCAUUGACCUAAUAUAAAUCUGGAGUCCACACACUUAGAAAAUCCCAAAGGGGUUAUCAUUUGUAUUCAAUAACAUUUAUGCAUGUUAAGGUACAAUAAGCCUUCCCUCCGAUCAUUAGGUUUUGCCAAGCGAGGUUCCACUGUCUCCCUAUGACUCUCCCUUUGUUCUGCGACGCAUUUCGGAGCUCCACCAGUGGGGCGUUCUCACCGCCUCCUUGCCGCUCUGCCGCUCCGCUGCCGCCCACGAACGCCGACGCCCCUGAGCGUAUAAAAAGUGCCGGCCGGCGAGCGAAUGGCAUCAGUUUUCAAGCUUUCAGCUUUGUGGUAUAGCGUAUCCCAGCGAACUCUAACCCGUAGAACCAAGCAAACGCAGCUGAUAUUACACCAGUGUAGGCAAACCGUGCAGAAGCGAUCAACAUGAGCGAGUUGCCCAGAAUGCAGCAGCAGCAACAGCAGCAGCAGCAGGAUCAGGAUCGGGAGAAAGCUUCCCAGGAGCUGAUCGAUUGCGAUAUCGACUUCGAGGAGGUUACGGCCUCCAAGGUGGGGGCAGUCAGGAUGCCACCCACUUCCAAGCGAUACACCAAAGCCCUGCAGAAGGUAAGCAAGGUGCAGCGCAUGCUGGACCAGGCCCUGAUCCUGCUGGCCGAGGAGGAGGCCAGGUGCCGCGAGCAGGAGCAAGAACCGGGCUCCAAAAAGACCAAGAAGCAGCAGAAGAAGAUGGCCAAGAAGGACAAGAAGAAGGCCAAGAAGUUGGCCAAGCAGCAGGACAAGAAACCGGCGGAGGAGCCGGCGGCGGCUGGGGAGGAGCCCUCCAAAAGCUCCAACUCCAGCUCCUCCAGCUCCAACUCGUCCAGUUCCAGCUCCUCCAGUUCGAGCUCCGGCUCCGAGGACGAAGGGGCUUCCUGCCACGGCUACGGCUGGUUCAGCAAUCCCUGUCGCCCAGGACCAUAUGGCCAUCACGGUUUCGGUCGCCUUCAUGGGCACGGUUUUGGCCACAAGCAUGGUCGCAAGCAUGGCCACAAGCAUGGCCACAAGCAUGGUCACGGGCCGCAUCAUCAUGGCCGACAUGGACAUGGACGCCCUCACCACCACCAUCCGCAUGGACCCCACUUCGGACCACAUUUCGGACCCCACUUUGGACCCCACUUUGGACCCCACUUUGGACCUCCUACCUUUGACUUCGAUCGGAGGUCCUUUCGCGGACCUUGCCAGGAUCAGUGCCAGUUUUUUCGAUGGAUGGGCCUGCCGUGGGCCCUGGACAAAGCCGCGGCCUGUCGCAGGAGCCACUCGCUGCCUAGACUAUCUCGGCACGACUGUCGUGGAGAUCUCGGACUCGGAUUCGGACCAGAAUACGGAUACGGACAUGGCCAACCGUGUCGACCACAUGGCCGUCGACUAGAGAGAUCUCUUUCCAGAUCCAGUUCCAGUUCCAGCUCUAGCUCCAGUUCAUCCUCGGAUGAUGAGAAGAAGAGGCAGAAGUGCAAGGGCAAGGGAAAGGGAAAGGGCAAGGAGAAGAGAAGAAGGCAGCGCUCCUCCUCCAGCUCCUCAUCGAGCUCCAGCUCCAGUUCGGAUGGCGAAGUGCAGAAAAGGCACCACUUCGGGCCUCCACAUCGCCAUCACUUUGGACCACCACAUGGCCACCACUUUGGACCUCCUCAUGGCCACCACUUUGGCCCUCCUCAUGGCCACCACUUUGGCCCUCACCAUGAUGGCCACCACUUUGGCCCUCACCAUGAUGGUCACCGUGGCCACCACUUUGGUCCCCAUCAUGGCGGAGAUCACCAUCACCAUCACUUCGGCCCUCAUCGCGGUCCUUUCCCCGGACAACAAGUCCCCCAAUUUGGGGCCUCUGACUAUAAAACUAGCUGAAGAAAAUCCACUGAAGGCCCGGAGUUUCCUGUCGCCCAUCAUGGACCACCAGCAUCCGAGUUCCCAGGUCCUCGCAGUCGUUCUCACCGUCGUGGUGAGCACAGCCAGCACUAGGAAUCCUUCAAUACAACCUAUACCCACCCAUAUUACUAUACGUGUAAAACCCAGAAACUUCUAUAUUAUUCUAUAUUCAUAUUCAUUAAAACUGCAU